GCUCCGCCCCGCGUUGCCAAGCGACCAAAGCCCCACCCACAGUCUCACGGAACAGUCGGGGUGCGACGCGCAGUCGCAGCGGAGCCUCCGUCUGCAUAAGGGUGGUGCGCGGGGUUUAGUCUGCAGUUGGGAAGAUGUCGCGCUAUGGGCGUUAUGAGACCAAGGUGUACGUGGGGAACUUGGGCACCGGCGCUGGAAAGGGCGAGCUGGAGAGAGCCUUCAGCUACUACGGGCCACUGAGAACCGUGUGGAUCGCGAGGAACCCGCCGGGGUUUGCUUUCGUCGAGUUUGAAGAUCCGAGGGAUGCUGAAGAUGCGGUGCUUGGCCUUGAUGGAAAGAUAAUAUGUGGUUCCAGAGUUAGAGUGGAAGUGUCAACUGGGAUGCCUCGUCGCUCCCGUUAUGACAGGCCUCCAGCCCGGCGCCCCUUUGACCCAAACGACAGAUGCUAUGAGUGUGGUGAGAAAGGCCACUAUGCUUAUGAUUGUCACCGCUAUAGUCGCCGAAGGAGGAGCAGGUCCCGGUCGAGAUCCCGUUCACGGUCCCGAGGGCGAAGGUAUUCUCGCUCACGCAGUCGGAGUCGUGGUAGGAGGUCGAGAUCAGCUUCCUACCGCAGGUCCAGGUCAAUCUCUCCUCGUAGGUACAGGUCAUUUUCACCCCGCAGAUCUCGAUCUGGUUCUUUAAGGAGAUCAAGAUCUAGGUCCAGGUCACGCUCAAGGUCCCGGUCUGCUGUAUGGCCUCGAAGCAGGUCUGGGUCCCAUGGUAGAUCUAAAUCUGGCUUACCUGCUAAAAGUCGUUCAAAGUCCAGAUCACCAUCUCCAAAGAGAAGUCACUCGCCAUCAGGAAGCCCUUGAAGGAGUGGAAGUCAUUAAAGAAUGGAUUUGAAUUAAAGAAGUUUAAGAAGAAAAAUUUAUUUUGUUUACAUUAUUAUAAGGGAUUUUGUGGUGUCUUUAUAAAUGUAAGGGCUUAGUCCUAGAAGGCUGUUUCUAUUGACUAACAAUUGGCAUGAACAUUUUAAAAGUCUUAGUAGUAGACUAACGCAAAACUCCUUUGUUGUGUUAAUGUUCUGUGAUCUGGAAACGUUGGGCUUUUUUUAUUGGAGCGUUGAAAUAAACUGCAUUUCUAAAGAAGAAGUAUUUUGUGAUAACCCUGCUCUUUCUGUUAAUAUUUGGGUAGCUGAAGCAGGUUACAGGUCACUGGUGAAAAGCAGGAGGCACUUGUGAACUGAGGGUAAUGCAGCAGCCAGUCAGUAGCUCUGCAGGUGUGUGCCUGUUGGAGCAUGGAUUAGGGUACCAGUACCAGCUUGUCAGUGUUAAUGUUUGGUCUUAAAUGCUAUGGUGAUCUGUACUGUGUAGUUUUAUUUGCACCUCCUCAAAGCUCAGUGAAGCUGAAAACCUGUCUGGAGGUGCUUGUACACUUGAUGAUUUGGCUUUCAAAAAUGCUUACAAAGGGUGUUAACAGAUUCGAAAAAACAACUGUGUGAAUGCUCCUUUGUCCUGAUGAUUAAAGGACCAGUGAACUUCUCACUUGGAGGUAUUUGGAAUAUUUCUGGAAUGUAAACUGUUGAAGUAAAUACUUUUAGAAAUCUU